AUAUUUUAUAUCUGAAUCAUAUUCUUCUGAGAACCAUUUUCAUAAAUACGAUCAUGUAUUAAGUUACCGAUAUAAUGAAACACUUUGCAAUCUUCAAUCUUAUAAUCAUGUAAAAUUAUUUCUAUCCAAUUAUUAUUCUAGUUAUUUUAUCAUUAUAAAAUAUUAUUAUAAUCUUUAAUAAUUUAUCUUUAAAAAUUUUAAGUUCGGUAGAAUUAUACUGAACAAUAUUGUAUAAUAUCGUUUGGUCGCCAUAUUUGCUACUGCACUGCUAUCUAUGAUUUCAAAUCUUUUUGAUUGUGCUUCCAUCUACUUCCUCUCUCUUUCUCAAGAUGAUGAAACUACGUAUAUUGGAUAAAAUGUAACGAGGGAAACGUUUCUUAGAUAUGCUUUUUUCUUGUCCUGUUAAGUUCGUCAUAAAUAUGCGUUCAAGUUUACGAUAAAAUAAAAUUAUAAAAUCAUAAAAAUCAAUCGGUGAGCGAUAUACGACAAGCGAGAUGGACGAGUAUGAUAAGAAAUUUGCUGAAAUGCAAAAAUACAUUCCGUUUUUGGAAGCGAUGAUAGAGCGAUUGCAAAACGUUAAGGAUAAAUCGCGAGAAGUACAACUGCAGAAAAUGCAAAGUCUACACGGGAUCUUAUCAAACAGCAAAAGAAAGCUGAAGAUCGAGACGUUGCAGCGAUGUGAAGAUGUUCUGCAAAAGUUACACAACAGAGUAGAAAAGUUUCAGGGAAAUACGCCUGGUUUACAUUUUCCUCACAAGAAAAACGAUGCUAACUCUACACAAUCUUCAAAGUAAGUGAAUAAACUUAAAUCUCAAUAUACAGAAGAUACAAAAUCUCAAUAUACAGAAGAUGCGAAAUUUCAGCAUAUAGAAGACGUAAUGGAAGAUCGAGAAAUUCACGAGACGCCGGCUAGUCCGAGUCCUCCAGUUAGUCCAGAUUCAGGUUCACAAGUGGAACCGAUAAUAAUUCCCACAGAACGUAGUAUUGACUUUGAUGAUAAAUCUGAUAGUAAACCAGCUUCUCCUGAUCCUAUCGAAACUUUACCAACGAAAGCUCCUAUUAUCAUACCUACGGAGAGAACAAGCAACGAUUUAACUCUUUCUCCUCAGCUUGGUUUAUGCAAAAACACGGAUGAUGUAUCCUUCACUGAAUGGGAGAUGCUCGAAGAAAAUGAGAAUCGAGAAAUUUCGAGAAAUAAAAAUUGGCAAACGAUUAUUACUUCCAAUCAUGAUGCGAUUUCGGUUAAAAUGAUCGGAAAUAAUCUGCCUCAGAAAAUAAACGAUGGGAGAGUUAUAUCUAUGCCAAUAUCUUCUUCUCGACAAAUUUCUUCCGGUUCUAGAAGGUUAUCAUCUAUAUUGGAGAAGAAUCGAUUAACGGAACAAGUUUCAUCAGACUCUAGAUCAGAAUCACCGGUAAAUGUAUCUGAUACAAGAUUGAAAUCACCAGACUCGGAGAUUCUAUUUUCUAAAGUUUGUAAGAAUUCAUCAUUAAAAUCAAAAGAUUCGAUUUCUAAGCCUACUUCGAAACCUUCAGCACCAUUAUUACUUUCACCACCUCCAGUUUUUACGGAACCACCAUUAUCUAUGGAAGAUUUGGCAGAACUUCUGAACGAAGAAGAUGACAAUAAAAUGGAAAAGAAGAGUGAUAGAUUAAGAGAUGAUGCGGGGAAAUUCAAAAAAGAAAAACAUGAAUUAAGCACAUUAAGUGGAAAUAAUAAGGAUAUAAAAGCAUCCAAAUCAUUUUUGUUAACACAAGAGGAUAUUGACAGUGAAAGUGAGAGACGUUGGGAGGAAAUAGAUAAGCAUAUAGUUAAGUUAACAAGUAGAAAAUGUUUACCUAGUGGUUCAAGUUCUACGUCGAUGACGAAAGUCGAUACUUUGAAAUCCAAUGAAAUUAAGGGACCAUCUCAAAAUAAUUUAAGUCAUACAUCAAGUUCUUUUACGACAAGUACAUUAAUCGAUAACAGAAAUUUAUCAUCUUCACCUGGUUCCAAAACGGAACUGCGUUUCGCGGAUAAUUAUGAACGACAUUCUCGUCAGUCACGUGACAACCAGAAUCAUGAUAAAGACAAAACUAAUAUACAUAAUAUGCAUUGUCGAUCUGAUGACGAUAUAUCCAAUCAGAUUCCUAUGCAUCAUGGCGGUUCGAUUAAGCCGGAUGAUAGGAAUGCUAUAUUGUAUCAGAGACGUCAAAAUAAUAUCGGUCCUGAAUUAGUACCAUCUAGAAUAGACACGGAAUUCAGAAUGGAGGGUUCUGAAUAUUUUAAUAGACAAGUAGCUAACCAAGGACAUUGGCCCUCUAUGCAUCUAUCUGUUAAUACUAAUGAUUUUUGCAACAAUCAAUGGCCACCGUCUUCCAAUUUUAGCGGUGUGUCUAAUUCUCCUGCCCAAACAUAUCAACAUGCAAUCGGUAUUUCACACCAAGAAAUGUGGAAUAUAGGUUCUAACAGAGAAUCCAUUCAUAUGGAUCCCCAUCAAAUGAAUGAGAGUCAAAUGAGGCCUAAUCAGUUUUCUUCAAAUAUGAAUACUGGUAUCAGGCCUCUAAUGAGCCCAAACACAAGACCUCAAGAUUUGAAUCAUAUUCCUCGAUCAGAUGAUAUGCCUAAUAUUGAUGUUGCUAAUGUAUCAACUAUACAGCCUUUAAUAUCACCUACGAGAUUUUCUGUUGGACCACAAUAUAGAAAUUUUCAAGGUGAAAAUAGGUCUUAUGAUCCAUCUUUUGAUAGAGGAAUGGAAUAUUCUCAUCAAAGACAGCCAUGGGAUUCUCCAGUUAAUCGAUCGAAUGAUAUAUCUUAUAGAACAGAAAAUGAAGUUCCUUGUGGUAUGAUAGGACCCGCGGAAGGUCCUUCAGGACCAUCAUAUCCAAGGCCUAGUACACCUUGUCCUUGGAAUAGAGAUAGAGAUCGUAGUAUAGGUAGAGGUCGUAAUACUUAUUAUAAUGAAAGAAAUAGAGGAGAAUCGAGGAAUAAUUUUAAUCGUGAUACCCGCAGGCCUGAAUGGUCUAGGGACAAUCAUAAUGACUGGGAUUGUAAUCGUUUUAGUAGGGAUGCUAGAAAUAUAUCUGAUCGCGAUCCACGCGUACGCAUAGAUCACAAUGUAAUUAAUCAGAGUUCUGGCCAAUCAAGGGAUAAUAGUACCUUAGCUAGAGAUCCACGAUUGGCCAAAGACAAGCAUUUUUCCAUUACCAAAGGUAAAGAUAGUAAUUAUAAUGAAAGAGAUCCUAGAAAACGUUCUGCGGCAUCAUCAUUUAUUGCAUCAACGUUUAGAAAGACUAAAGAAAAACCUAAAUCACCUUCAAAACCAACAGACAGUUAUAAACGUAUCGAAAACGUAGAAAAUAAUAAGCAAGUGCAAGAGAAAACGGCAAAAGAUAAGAUGCAAUCACCUCUAGAGAGUUUAUAUGGAGUUAUUGAUACAAAAGCGAAGUCUGCACAAGGAUAUAGUUUACAGAAUUUUAAAAUUCCUAAAAUAAAACGUAAUGAGCCCUCUGAGUCACCUACAUCAAGCCAUGUUUCUGAGGAAAUUAAAGAAUGUCUUUUAGAAAAACAAGAUGAUAAAAUUAUUAAAAAAGAUAAGGAAGAUACUACUGCAGAAGUAAGUAGUAGCAGUGAUGGAAAAGUUUCUCUUGAGAAUUGGAAUGAAAAUAAUGUCAUUGCUGAUAAGAAAGAAGAAUUGAAAGAAGAUAAUACUUCUAAAGAAUCUGUAGAAGACAAAAGUGAUAUGAAUAUUGCAGAGUCGGAUUCUAUCACUAUUACUUCUUCUAAAUUAUCUGGAAAUAUUGAAAAACUUAAAAAAGAAGAAGUAGAAUCUGAAGGAUCCAAAUCAAAAGACGAGGUAACUCAAGAAUGGAUAGAAGCUUUAAUUAGAAAGUCUUUUGAAUUUGGAGAGGGAAAAAAAUUUGUUGAACAGGCGAAAUUCAUGCAAAAAUUGGGUGAAGUAUUGCAAGCAAAGAAGUUGAAGAAAAUUAAGAAAAUUAUUGAAUCAGAAUCAGAGAGUAGUAGUUCAGAUAAAGAUGAUACUUCUGAAACAAAAAAAGUUCAAAUAAGAAAGAAACGACGAGUAAUAGUUUCAGACAGUUCAGAUGAAGAAUCUCUUGCUGAAAGACUUGGUAUUUUGAAUACGCCAAAUAAAGAAAUUCAAAAUAUAAAUAACCAGAAACAAGAAAAAAAUAAAAACAAUAAAAAAAUGUCUCUUGAAAUUAAAUCUUCAGAUCUUCUAGAGAAAAAAUUAGAUGGUAAAGAUUCUACUACUCAAAAAGAAAUUAUAUCAGAAAUUCAAAGCAUUGUUGAAGAAAAAGAGUCAAAUUCCGAAACAAGUAUUGAGAAAAAAGAAAGUAUUUCAAGUAUUCAAGAAAUUUCUAAGGAAAUUAAGGAGAAUGUUAAAGAAGAUUUAAUUGAAGAUAAAGAAAUUAUUAAUAAAAUACCAAAAGUUAAAGCAAAAAGAAGAAACUCCUUGGAAAUGUUACAAGAAGAUAUUAGGGAAAUGUUUAUCAGUGAUGGUGUUGUUGCAGCAACUGGUCAUCGAUUAUGUAGAACACAAAAAGAAAAUCAAAAUAAUGCUGGUGCUAGUACUUCCAAUCAGAAUAUUUCCAAUCAGAAUAUUUCAACUACUAAAAAAGAUGAAUCGAAUAAACGUGAUUUAGAAAUAGAUCUUGAUGUAGAAGAUACAUCGGGAGUUUCUUUGAAACAAAAGAAAUUUAUAAAAUCACGUGUUUUAUCAGAGGAAUCAAAUAAAUCUAAAGUGAAACUGAAGAAAGAAGUGCAACGUAUUACUCGACAGCGUUCAAAACAAUAUAAUCAUAGUUCAGACAGUGAAGAAGAUCAACCAUUGGCAUUAAGAACAGAACUGGUUCAAAACUCUAAUCAAAUUGUAAAUAAUGACUCUGAAGUAUUAAGGCGAAGCAAACGUAUUAUUAAUAAAGAAGUGAUAAAAGAACCGCGUGUAGUUGUUGAGAAAACAGAUAUUUCUAAGUUAGAAUGCUCUAAAAUGAUGUUUGAUAGCUCGUCCGAUGAGAGUUUUGGAAUAGAUGUGUCUGAAUUGGCAGCUGCUGUAGAUAUCUCACUUCAUCCAGAUAAACAACUUGAAUCAGAGGCAACAGAAUCCACAGAGAAAAAAAAAUUUAAUCAAAUUUCUUUUAGAAAGUCUACAAGAAAAAAGGGAACUGAAUUGAUGAAUGAAAGUAAAGAUGAUAUUCAAUUUACAGAUGAAGAAAGUAUUACUUCCGAUAUUUCCAUGUCAAGUAGUAUAAUUUCUGGAAAAAAAACAGAUAAUAAUACAACUAAAAUAGAAAUGAAUAGCAACGAAAAAUUAUUAAGCAAUAUUUUAGUGGGAUUAGUAUCUGUAAAAAAUGAAGUAGAUAAAGACUCAUCAAUAGCAGAUAAAGGAAGCGAAGUAGAUAAAGAUUCAUCAGUUGCAGAUAAAGGAAGUGAUGCAGAUGUAGACGAUGAUAUUAAUGAUCAAGUACCAACUGAAACAAAUACUAAAAAAUGUUCAAUAAAAAAGAAGAAGAAAAAGUGGCAGAUGGGUAUUUUGUCUAAAAAAAGGAGAAAGAAAACUCUUAUAACUUCUUCUCCUAAAGGUGAUUGUGAAAUGGAUACUUCCAUUAAAAUAGAUAAUAUUUCAGUUUCAGAAAAUACAAUAAACAAAGAUACUAAUUCAUCCAAUAAUCAGACAAAUCAAACUUUAGAAGAUAAUAAUAAAGAUACUUCAAUUCAAGAAAAUUCAAAAGAUCAAAAAACAGAACUGUUAACAUCUGAUUUCAUAGAGAAAAAAAAAUCUUUAUCUAAAAUUGAUUUUACUGAAGAAUUAUCGGAAAUUAAAGAAGAAAAAGUUAUAGAAAAGCCUCUCAUUAAUAUUACAAAAAAUGUGGUUAAAAAUAAAAAUGAGGAAGAAAAAUCAUUUUCUGAUUUGGAUAUAAAAAAAUUAAUUGAUUAUGUUUGGACAGGACAAGAAAGAUAUAAAUGCUUGCUUUGUUUUUUUAUGGGAAAAAAUAUUGUUCAUCAUUAUAAAUUGAGCCAUCCUGGAAAAGAAAUUCUAAUUUCUAGAUUAAAAGUUUCAGAUGCUUUGUUAGCUAUUCAAGACGCAAAUGAUAGUAAUAUAGAAAAUAUAUCAAGAGAACUUCUUACAGAAGAAGUUUGUAAAUUUCGUUGUAGAUUUUGCUCCUUGUUUAUUGAAGGUGCUGUUAAAGUUGCAAUGGAAGCAUUUUAUGAACAUUGUACAACACAUACAGGUGAAUACAGAUUUCGAUGUAACAGUUGCCCUUAUCAGGCAGUAGCUAAAUCUUCCAUGAGGACUCAUUAUUAUAAAGUAUGUCGAAAAUUUAAGGAUACUUUUGCUGAAGCAAUAACUGAAGAUGAAGUACCUAAUGAAAAUCGUAUUUAUGGUUAUUUAUGCUCAUAUUGUAAUUAUGUUCAAUUAAAGAAAUCCAAUGUAGAGGAACAUGUUGAUUUGUGGCAUAAGAAUGAUUUGAGUGUUAAGAUUAUUAAGAUAAAUAUGUCAUUAGAAUCUGUUGAAGAAGAAUCUAAAGUAAAAUUAGAAACAAUUCAAGCAAAUUCAGUAAAAGCAGAAGGAAUAAAUAAUAUGAUAAACAAUAUAGCAACUUCUGUUGAACAGAAUGAUGAUGAUGUGACUGAAAUAAGAAUAACAAAGAAUAAUAAAACUUCUGAAAAUGAAAUUAAUAAAAAUGAAAUUAAUAAAGAUAUACUUGAAGUUAAAUCACAAAAUAAUUGUUCUGAAUUACAAGCUACUAAUGAUGAAAAGAAAUCUUCACAAGCAGAUAUAGAUUCUAGUUUGCCAUCAGGAAAUUUAAGCGUGUUCGUUUGUCCACCAGAAUUAGAAAAAAAAGAAGUAGAAAUUCAAUUAGAACGGAAAAGAAAAAUGCAAGAAAUUAUUCAAAAUAUUGGUAUUAGAUUACAAAAAGAUGCAUCCAAAAAAGGUUUAUCCAUUAUAGAUAAAUUAAAAGAUAAAAUGAAGACUAAUAUAGCAAAUAAUGAAAUUGAUUCUAAUAUAAUAUCAAAUAAUAUCAAUUCUUCAAAUAAAAAUCCAAUUAAUUCCACGAUUUCAUUAUCUAAAAAUAAUAUUGCUAAUUUAUCUCAAAAUCCUGAAGUUUCAUCUGUAAUAGAUACAGAGAAUAAGUUAUCUGAAGAAACUUCAAAUGAUAUAAAAUCUAAUGAUUGUAUACAAACACAACUAUCUACCAUAGACUGUGAUUCUAAAUCUGAAAAAGAUCCAACAAAUUCAAAGAUUAAAGAUCCUUUGAUAACAUUGGAUCAGAGAAAGGAUGCUGAAAGUGAUGCAGAAAUCAGUGAUAACGAGAAUACGAAAGAUACUGCUCCUAUUUACGAUUCUGAUUCCAGUAGUGAACAAUCGGAUAGUGAACUGCCAACAGAUGUUAAUGUCAUUUUGAAAGAAACUUCAAAUAUUAAUGCAUCUUCGAAAGAUCCAAUGCUCACCACUAUUCAGAGACUUGCUGCUCAACUCCAAGCUGCAAAACCACUUGAAAAAUGUAAAGAAGAAAAUUGUUCUAAAACUGAUUGUUCUAAACCUAAGGAAUCUAAAAGAACUUCUCCUUCUAUUCCUAAACCACCAGACGUUGUUCCAAUAUCAAGUAUUAAGAAAUUUAUUGGAAAAAAAGAAAAUAGAUUCCAUGAGAUAUCACAUGAAUUACACGAUGAUAGUAAUCCACCUAAAAAUUUCAUCCGAUUGAGACGUCUUAGUGGAGAUAUGUUGUCUGUACCCAUACAGUCUCUUGACUUUCAAGAUGUAUCAUUAUCGAAAAACAAUGUAAAUCAACCAACUCCAGAUAAAAUGGAUUCCGUAUUAAAAUCAGAUAUGGAUGAAGAAUGUUCUUUUUUGAAAAUCGAAAAUGUAGUUAGUCUUGCGCCGAGAGCUGAUAACGAUGGUGCCGAAAGUCCUAUUGUACAUGACAUAAGAAAAGCAGUUGAAACAUCUCCUAUAAAAAGUAAAGGUGUAUCUUUACUAAAAAAAUCUAAUUCGCCUUUAAUUUUAAAAAGACUUAAUACUGUGACUAUUACACAACCAUUAACGAAAAAUAUUCAAACAGUAGUGCAAUCUACACCAGAAACAGUAAAAUUGAUUCCAGUAAAAAGUAUUUCUCCUUCUCCAGUUUCUGUAACUACCACGCAACUUACAACCAAUUUCAUUCCAAUUGCUCCAAAGUCAAAAAUUAUUCAAGUAGACAAUAAAUUAUCUUUUCCUAUUUCUACAAAUAAGAAUUCAAUAAUGACUCCAAUGAGUACACGAACUGUGAGUGUUGCUGGGUCACCACAAUCUUCAAACUUAAACUAUAAAAUUUUAAAAGUCGUUCGAACUCCAACUAUUUUAAAACCAAAAGAACCUGUACCUCCACCUACAGCAAUUAAAUUAAAAUCUGCAGAUGCAUACAAUACAAUGUUAAAGGCUACAAAAUUGAUUCAUUUAUAUAAAUGUAUGGCUUGUCGCUUUACUACUGAUAUAUUAGCACAAUAUCAUCAACAUUAUCUUCAACAUGCAAGUGAGGCAGAGAAAAAAAAGUUAUCACCACCAUUUGAUUACCAGAAAUGUGCCUAUUGUCACAUGAUAUUGGAGGAUUGGAAUCAAAUGAAAAUACAUAUCGAUGAAAAACAUGCGCAUUGUCGUUAUCAAUGUAUUUAUUGCUUUUAUAGAGCUGUUGUUCCUUCUUAUGUGCAAAUACAUCAGGCAGUAGCUCAUCGUGGACAUCAUGGUAUUUUACUUGGUAAACUUAUGAAAGAAAUACCUUUAAAAGAAGAAAUUAAUCGACAUGAGAAUGUAUUUCCUUAUGUCUGUCAACAUGAUUGCGGAAAAUUUUUCUUUGUUCCUGAAUCUUUUAUGGCGCACUUGAAAAAUAAACACGGUGCAAAUCUUUCUACUUAUAAAUGUCAUGUGUGUCGUGUUACAUUUAUGAAAAUAGAUCAGCUACUUGCGCAUUAUAAAAUUCACGGAUUUUAUAAAUACCAAUGCUUGUAUUGUUUGCAUGGUUCAGAUUAUUUUACUGAAAUGCAUAGUCAUCUUAGUACAUUUCAUUGCGAUCGGUUACCACAAGUUCUUGAAAGAUCUCUUCCUCCUCAGCCAGUACGAAAUAAAGAUGUAAUAGAUCAAUUAAUUAUAAGAACAUUAGAUGAUACUUUUAAAAUCACAGGAGAAAUAAUUGACGUGGAAAACGAUGGAAAAGACAAUAAAGAUGUGAUAAAUGUUGUUAGCACAUCUCCAUCUCAUAAGAUACUUUGUUCUCAAUUGUCUAAAGAUAUAAUUAUGUUGGAUAAAGAUGAAAAUAAUGUAUUAAAUAAAUCGACAUCUAAUAUAUUUGGAAUUAGCAAUAAUUCAAAUAGUUCCAUCAAUUUUUCAUCAAAUUUGUUACAAAAUGAAAAACCAAAAAAUGAAGGUUUAAAUGAUAGUGCAAUAAAUAAAAUGUUUGGAAAUUUAAUAAAUGAUUCUGAUGUCUCUGUAACAUCAGUUUCUAAUAGAGAAUCAACGGAUAAAAGUUUAUUAAAUAAAUCUAAAAAAAAAAGUGCUCUAUCUGAUAAAAGUUCUGUUGAACCAAUUGAACGCAGUGAAGGAACAUUUGAUUGCAAUGAUGAAUUUAUAAAUAUCAAUUUACUGGACAAUCCUGAUUUUCUAAAAAAAAUUAAUACUCGUUCUACUAACAUAUCUAUAAUUGAUAAUUUGACUAUUAACAAAAAUAAGAUGGAAGAUAGUGAUAUUGAAAUAGUAGAUGUUGACGAUACGGAAAUUCCGGCAAAAAAUAUAAAAUCCGAAUUAAAUAAAAAAGAUAGCAUUGAUACAAAUGAAAAAGUAAAAAUGAAUCCAGAAAAUAAUAUAAAAGAACAAUUGCGUAGCGAUGUCAAAGAUAUAAACACUAACGAAAAUUCUAAUAAUAUAAAAACUGAUAAACCGCUGACUCUUGAUGAUAUUAAAGAUACUGGUUUUUCAGGAAUGAAACUAUAUAAGUGUGGUUAUGAGACGUGUGAUUAUGGUGCGCAAACCGCGGCACAAUUAAGAAUACAUGUAAAAGAAUGUUCUUUAGGAAAUGAAAAUAAAAAUUUAACAUGUGCUCAUUGUAAAAAACGUUUUUUAAAAAUUGGAUUUUUAUUAGAACAUUUAAAAUCACACGGAUUAAAACGAUUUGGUUGUUCAUUGUGCAAAAUGAGAUGUACAGUGGGUUAUCAAGCAAUGGCACACAUGAAAAUGAAACAUAAAUAUACUUAUAGUAAGUUAGUUCCAGCUGAUCCAAAGAAUCCAUCUGUAGAUGGAUUAUUUAUUGUGCAACCUAUUCGUCAAAGUGGAGAACGUAAAGGGAAGAAACGUAAAACUACUAAUACAAAAUCAACUGAAAAAGACAUUGAAAAGAUAACAACAGAUAUUGAAAAAUUUACUUUCGGUCCUGAUGAAAUAGAAUCUCUACCACUUCAAGCUAUUUACAAUCGGGAAGUGCAAUGUGCAAUGUGUCCUUAUACAACAAAAGUUCGUACGAACAUUAUCAGACACUUGCGAUUGCAUGCAAAAGAUGAAAGUGUGCCAGAAAGUGGUCCUGUUAAUCCUGUACCUUGCUUAGAUAAAAAGGAACGGAUGUUCGAUAAAAUGGUAAAUUUAGCAAGUAGUUCCCAUCAAAAUGGCCGAAUGGGAGGAAAACCAAAGGAAAGUAAUAAAAAUAACGAUGAUGAAUUUAUUCCAAAAUUUAUACCAGAGCAUAAGAGAUAUGUAUGUGGUGUAGCUGAAUGCAAUUAUUUAACAGUCGAUGAAGCAAUGUUAAGAUGUCAUUUAAAGGCUUUGCAUUCUGAAGAACUAUAUUUUCGAUGUCCUCAUUGUCCACAACUACCACCAGGUCAAGAAGGAUUAAAUAUAGCGAUUGAUAAAAUGGGCGUUCAUUUGAAAAUGCACGAUACCAGACUUUAUAAAUGUUCUCAUUGCAAUCAUCAUCAUUAUCAUAGGCACGUUGUAGAGAGACAUCUUUCCGAUAAACAUCCUGAAAAAAGACCUUUUGUAAAAGUAAUUAGAGAAUUAGAAAACACAGAGAACAGUCAACAAUCUAUUCAAGAAGAGAUAGAAGAAGAAAUACCAGAUCCGGAUGGAAAUCAUUGGAAGUGCAACAUAUGUGAUUAUAAAUGUGUGUAUAAAGCAGAUAUGGUUAAUCAUACAUCUAUUACACAUGAUGAAAAAUGUCAAUAUAAAUGUAACUCAUGUUCUUUUAAAACUGGUGGCAAAAUUAUGUUUGAACAACAUGUUACCAGCAAACAUUCUAGUGACUCAAAUGUUGAUUAUAUUUUAAUAUAUCAACGAAUAAAAGGUAUAAAUAAAAAAAAUACAGAUAAUAUAGAACAAAGUGGACAGGAAGAACCUUUUGACACUACUCCUCUUUGGAGAAGAGAUAUGCCUCGAAUUAGACAUAUUCGCGGAAUUCUUCUUGAAGAAGAAGAUGAAAUAUCAACAGAAUCUUCUUUAAAAAUAGGAAAACGGAAAAGUGAUGCAGAAUUAUCAAGUACUAAACCAGCUAAAAUAAAACCAGGAAAAUCUGGUUCUUUAGAUGGUACAAAGCAAACAAAAGAAAAAUCUAAGCGAUCAUUGUCUUGUGAUAAAGUAUCAAUAGAAAUGGAAAAUGCAAGUAAUAUUUCUAAUACAGUAGAUAAGUCCAAAGAAACGAAGUCUAAAUCAAUUGAAGAUAAUGAUAUCAAUGAGUGCGAUAUUGGAAGAUUUGGUCCUUAUGGAAAAGCAGAUGGGAAUAUGUAUGUCUGUACUUUAUGUACGCAGUUUAAAACAAAAUAUAAACAUGAUAUGAGAGAUCAUCUCUACAGAGAAUUAAAUUAUGCUAGAUGGCACUGUAAGGAAUGUGGAUAUUUAUCCGUAAAUCGUAAUGCUCUAUUGAAACAUUUUACUAAACAUCAUAAUGGAGAACGUCCUAAUCAUGAGCCAUUAUCACCAGAUGAUGAUAUUGAAGAAUGGGUUGGUACAUUAUUGAAGAGACAAACACUAAUGAUAAAAGGGUUAUUAACCAAACAAAACGUAAAUAAUGUAGAAAAUUCUGCAAUUACAAACACAAUUGGAAAUGAUUCAAAAACAUGUUUCACAAAAAUUACUCAAAAUACUGUUACAAAAACUCUAAAAACUACAAAUGUUACUGAUAAAUCUUUUAAUAAACAAGAUAAUAAAAAAGAAAUUAAUUUAGAAGUUCAAGAUGAAUGUAAUAAAGAUAGUUCUAUUGAUAUAAAGAAAGACAGUAUAUCAAUGAAAGAAAAAACUGUGAAGACUAUGGAUGUUGAAAAAGUUGGACCAGAAGAAGAACAAGAAAAACCAUUUACUUGUAAACAUUGCAAAAUGACAUUUUUCCGAUGGCGUGGUUUUAAAUUACAUAUACAAUUAACACAUUUAAAGCGACUUGGAUUUAUUUGCCCUUAUUGUGAUCGUAGCACGAAUUCGGAGGGUUUAAUGCGUCAACAUAUUCGUUCUAAACAUCCUGGUUGUCUUGAGAAAAUAGUUGAAAAUCCAGCAGCAGGUGAACCGGAAUUACCAGAAGAAUUUUGGCAACAGGAAUAUGGAAUCGUGUUUCCAAAGAGAUAUAGAAAACGAAAGAGAAAAAUUAGUGGAGAAGAAGUUGUGGAAAAAAGCGAUAAUCAAUGUCAAAUUGAACCUCAAGAAAAAUGUAAUAUCUGUAACUUCACCGCCAUGAAUAUGACCGGUCUAAAAAUACAUAUGAGGAUACAUGCAACGAAAAAUACUUUGAAAUGUUCUUAUUGUACUUUCACUGCAGCAACAAACUCAGAAGUCUGGGAACAUUGGGAAAUUAAUCAUCCAUUUUCACCAUUUAAAGUUGAAGAUAUAUCACCAUCUGAAUCACCUGGUGAAUCCACAGAAAUUGAACUCAAUAAGAAGGUUAUUAAUGAUGAUUAUAACAAUGAUAUAGAAGAGGAAGUCUCUGACAUCAGGGAAGAAAAUUCUAUUUAUUAUUGUUUCUAUUGUUCUUUUCGUAGUAAAUCUUUGAAUACAGUUCAGAAUCAUUGGAAUAUGAUGCACAAUGAUUCAUUGCAAAAUGAUUCUACAAAAAUGAAAUCGAAUUAUCCAUUUAGAUACAAAGAAAUGCACGUAUCUUCGGAAAAAUCGCUCAUUAAAGCUCAAUGCUCGAAAACUCAAACGGAAAGUUCUUAUGAAUUAUACUUACAGCAGUCGCAUAAUAGUGAUGUACAAGAAAUCGAAGCUUCUGGAUUAAAGCAAGAAGGUUGGAUUUGUCAGUGGUGUAAUGAAUUAUGUGAUUCCGAAGUUAAAAUGAAAACACAUCAUAGUAUGUUCCAUUCUCACUUACCGUUAAAUUUUAAAAAACAAGAAAAAACUAAAAUAUCUCGGGGAUAUGUUUGCCCGGAAUGUUCAUUCACCACAACAUUUAUUAAUGUAAUGAAAAACCAUGUGUCAAAACAUAUAAAUCUAUUUAAAUGUAAAUAUUGUGAUAAAACUUUUAGUUGUCCUUCUGAAGUUUCUACACAUAAUACCGAAGAACAUCCUGAUAUGGAAUUAAAAAUAGAAAGUAUACAGAAUUACGAGACUUUACUUGAGAAAGUUAUGGUUAAAGUCAAAUGGCAAAAAUCCGGACAAAGUGCUGAUAAAAAUGAAAUUUCAAUAGAAUCACCGCCAAAAAUUCACGCAGUAGCUAAGAAGUCUACAACUAAAAGUGCAUUUCGAUCAAAUAUUAUUCCUUAUAGAAUAAAGGCAGUAGCUAGAAAAUCUACUAAUCCACAUUCGAGAUACCUUGCUAAUCAUAAAAUACAUAAUAAAGAACAAGAAAUGAAAAAUAAACAAUUUUCCUAUUAUGGUGUUCCUAGAAGUCCUAUUAAUUUAGCCAAAUUGAAUACAUAUAUGGUAGUUGGUGGGCAUCGUAUGAAAGUAAAUUGUACUACUCUUGCACAGUUAAUUAACAUCGAUCCGAAGAUAAUAUUAAAAGAUCUCAAGAAUGAUAUUAAAAAUAUUGCAACAUUUAAGAAAUUGAAAUAACGAAUGGAAAUAUAGAAGGAAAUAUUAUUUCCCAUUCUAACGAGCUAUUUAAUAUAUGAUGUAUAAAUAUUUAUUAUAUGAUCAUUAUUGUUAAAAUGAUCACUAAUAACCAAAGUAAUUUUCAUGAUAUUAAUAUGCUUUUCUGUGACAUUUAGCAAACAUUAUGAUAAUGGAUUUUUAUAAAAUUCAUUAUUUUCUCAUCGCAUGUUAUGAGGUGAGAAAUGUAUAAUACAAAGUUGAUUGUUCUAUAAUUAUAUAUUUUGAACUUUUACUCGUUGUUAGUGUACAUUUAGAAAUUCUGAAAUAUAAAAGAAAAAUACAGUAAUGCAUGUUUCAUUGAUGUUAGAUUGAAAUAACAAGCAUCACAUACGUACGA